CAACGUCAGAGAAGGUGUGAAUCAAAGAUGGACGUUGGUGGUGGAGGUGGGUUAAUUAUCAAUAAUAAACAGAAAGCGAUGUUACCAAACAAAAGAGGUGAAUUCAUCCGCAACCAGAGGAAAGACUCAGAGGGGUUCUCAGAAUCCCCUGAUCUGGAGUUUGAGUAUGCAGACACGGACAAGUGGGCUGCAGAGCUAUCAGAGCUAUACAGUUACACAGAGGGACCAGAGUUUCUGCUCAACAGAAAAUGCUUUGCAGAGGACUUCAGAACCCAUGUGACGGAUAAGAAGUGGACGGAGCUGGACCCAGCGCAGCGCCGAGCUCAGGCCAUGCGGCUGCUGGACGGGCUGGAGGUGACGGCGCGGGAGAAGAGGCUGAAGGUGGCGCGCGCAAUCCUCUACAUGGCUCAGGGCACGUUUGAGGAGUGUGGCUCGGAGGCUGAGGUGCAGCACUGGAUGAGGUACAACAUCUUCCUGCUGCUGGAGGUGGGGACCUUCUCAGCCCUGGUGGAGCUUCUCAACAUGGAGAUCGAUAACAGCGCUGCCUGCAGCAGUGCGGUCAGGAAACCCGCCAUCUCCCUGGCUGACAGCACGGACCUGCGGGUGUUGCUGAACAUCAUGUACCUGAUGGUGGAGACCAUCCAGCAGGAGGACCCUGCCGACCCCAUGGAGUGGAGGGCCGCUCGGGAGACCUUCAGGACCGAGCUGGGCUCUGCUCUCUACAAUAAUGAGCCCAUCUCCGUCAUGCUCUUCGGCAUGGUGACCAAGUUCUGCAGUGGCCACGCCCCCCACUUCCCCAUGAAGAAGGUCCUGCUGCUGCUGUGGAAGACCAUACUGUUCACCCUGGGGGGGUUUGAGCAGCUGCAGCACAUUAAGGUGCAGAAGCGGGAGCAGCUGGGCCUGCCCCCUCUGCCUGAGGACAGCAUCCGUGUGAUCCGCAGCAUGAGGGCGGCCUCGCCCCCCGCCUCCGCGUCCGACCUCAUCGAGCAGCAGCAGAAACGCGCGCGCCGCGAGCACAAGGGCCUGAUAAAGCAGGACAACCUGGACGCCUUCAACGAGAAGGACCCCUACAAGACCGACGACCCCCGGGAAGACGAGGACGACAACGACGACAACGACAACAGCCUGGAGCCCGAGACCUUCCCCCUGGAGCGCGACGAGGUCAUGCCCCCGCCCAUCCCACACCCCCCCUCCGAGAGGGUGUCCUUCCCCAAGGGACUCCCUUGGGCCCCCAAAGUCAGGGAGAAAGACAUAGAAAAUUUCCUGGAAUCAAGCAGAAGCAAAUUUAUUGGUUAUACGCUGGGAAAUGACACAGAUACGGUUGUGGGUUUGCCCCGGCCAAUCCAUGAAAGCAUCAAAACCUUGAAACAGCACAAGUACGUAUCCAUCGCUGAAAUUCAGAUCUCCAGGGAGGAGGAGUUUCAGAAGACUCCACUGUCUGGGGGUGAAGAGGAAGUAGAGAUGAGCUCCACCGAGCUGCUUUACCAGGGUAUCCUUCCCAGCCUGCCUCAGUACAUGAUCGCCCUGCUGAAGAUCCUGCUGGCCGCAGCUCCCACCUCCAAGGCUAAGACUGACUCCAUCAAUAUCUUGGCCGACCUGCUGCCAGAGGAGAUGCCAACCACCGUGCUUCAGAGCAUGAAGCUGGGUGUGGAUGUGAACCGCCACAAGGAGAUCAUCGUCAAGGCCAUCUCCGCCAUCCUGCUGCUGCUCCUCAAGCACUUCAAACUCAACCACAUCUACCAGUUUGAGUACAUGGCUCAGCACCUGGUCUUUGCCAACUGCAUCCCCCUGAUUCUCAAGUUCUUCAACCAGAACAUCAUGUCCUACAUCACAGCCAAGAACAGCAUCUCAGUGCUGGACUUCCCUUACUGCGUGGUGCACGAGCUCCCAGAACUCACUGCCGAGAGCCUGGAGGCUGGCGAUACUAACCAGUUCUGCUGGCGGAACCUCUUCUCCUGCAUCAACCUGCUGAGGAUUCUCAAUAAACUCACCAAGUGGAAGCACUCCAGGACCAUGAUGCUUGUGGUGUUCAAGUCUGCUCCCAUCCUGAAGAGGGCGCUGAAGGUGAAGCAGGCCAUGAUGCAGCUGUACGUGCUGAAGCUUCUGAAAGUGCAGACCAAGUACCUGGGCAGGCAGUGGAGGAAGAGCAACAUGAAAACCAUGUCCGCCAUCUACCAGAAGGUUCGGCAUCGCCUCAACGACGACUGGGCAUACGGCAACGCAGACCUGGACGCCCGCCCCUGGGACUUCCAGGCAGAGGAGUGUGCCCUGCGGGCCAGCAUCGAGCGCUUCAACAGCCGCCGCUACGACAAGAGCCAAGCCAACCCGGACUUCCUGCCCGUGGACAACUGCCUUCAGAGCGUCCUGGGCCAGCGGGUGGACCUGCCAGAGGACUUCCAGAUGAACUACGACCUCUGGCUGGAGCGCGAGGUCUUCUCCAAGCCCAUUUCCUGGGAGGAGCUUCUGCAGUGAGGGAAGAGAGGUGUCCUGAAUCUAACCCUGCUCUGCAGUCUUCACCCAACCUGAACCAACCCCACCAAACUUUACUCGCCCCUCUGUGGACCAGCUUCCCAGCAGUCCUGCAUACCACACACUCACUGUAUCUCACCUGUGGGCACAGGACAUGACCGACUUAACCGUAGGUUUGUUGCUUUCUUCUAACCUAACACGUCUGUGAAUCGGGUUCGACCAGAGGGUUAUUCUCUACACACACACACACCACAUCCUAGCUUCUCAAAGCAUUUCUCUCAUUUAUAUGAAUACCCCCCGCCCUGCACUCUUAAAUCUCUACCUCUCCUCUCCCCUUAACACCUCAAACCCCUCCCCCCUCAUCUUCAACUGUAUGGACCAGUACUUUUACACAGUGGUGACAAGGGCCUUGCUCAAGGGCCCCAACAGCUACACUGAUCUUAUUGUUGCUACACCGGGGCUUGAAGCACCAACCUUCUGGGUCCCAGUCAUGCACCUUAGCAACUAGGCUACACCUGGGGUCAUCACGCUCUCUACCAGCACACAACCUAACCAACACUACAGAUCAUUAACCAUUCUCUUCAAGAAAGUGCAAAGGCCUGGGGGGUGUUUGUGUCUGUGUGUACAUAUUAUUAUGGGUUAUCCUCCGGUUCAGCACGUGUUACUGGUCUUAUUAUUACAGUUUCUGUAACCGUGUUUUGCUUUUCUUCUGAGCACUGGGUCAUCCAUGGCAGGCUUAGCCUGGAAAAUAAGGGAACUGGAUCCCAGGGAAGUGCAGCUGAGAUAGGACCAUUGGGAGUUGACCCUGUUCUCUGUAAAUCCCAACACUUAAACUCUGAUGCCAUUGAUCCUCAACUUAUUCAACCUGGUUUUGAAGAGAAAUUACAUUACAUGAAAAGUCUGGCAUUACAUCUCAAUCUACCACUGGCAUACCCUCACACAGAAAACGUUAGUCAGAAUGUCUGUUGCAUAGUGUAAUGUCAUUAGCCAUUAGCCAUAUUGUCUGCUUAGUCAUAACUCACAUUUUGGAGAAGAAGCAGCAAGCAUGAUAGUCCACUUAACACUGGUAGACACGUUAUUAGCAUAUAAUAAGUUCUGGCAUGUUAUGAUGGAGUGAAGAAAUCUGCUUAUUUGGCCAGGAUGUUCUUGAGUCCAGGUAAUGUAUGAGAAGGCAGCUUACUAAUAUCUACAUCAAAAAGGUAGGUUUUUAACUCAACAUCAGGGUUUUUACCAUGGAGCGAACUUCCAACUUGCAUAACCUGGGACAUUACUGGAGUAGCAACUGUCAUAAAUGGGAUCUGGCAUAGAGCAGUUUAUUUGCAAACCACUGCAGUCUUUUUGGACUGAACUUAGUACAAGUUUCUAUUAUUGUCUUUUAAAUACUUGGUUUUUAUUAAUAUGGAAGUUCUGUGACAGUGGUAUGUUUUUAUUAAUUAUGUCUUAAUUGACAUCUUAAUUGUUCUUUUCUCUUAGGCUUGUGCAGUUACUGAGCAACCUGCUGUGGACAUUAGUGUUAGGAGCCCAGUGUGUUGUUUACAGUAAUGCCAUGGUAGCAUAGCUCUCUCUGGUAUAGGGAACGAAUGUGAAGCACUCAGGGGUCAUGUUAAGUGCAUAUUAGCAGUGUAAACAUGGGCAGAAAGUGGCACUAACAAUCGCCUAAACAAAGCGGACACAUUUCAGCUCUUGGCGUUUGUAUAAUGGCCUGCUCUGCUAAUGGGUCCAGGGGGGCGUGCUCAUCUCAUCUUACCCUACCUGAAUGAAUUCCAUAGAGAGGUUGCAUAGGUACAUCUCUCCUUUCAUCUGCAGCAUUUGGUGUUUCAUGCUUUUGCUUUCAAGAGAACAUUGCCCUGGGGGGAGGCUACUAGAGAGAACCUACUGUUUCAAAAUGAGUGUAAAAACAAGUGUCUUAUUUAUCAUGGCUUACGUCAAUCUAUUUUUCAUUGUUUCACUUUAUAUAUAUAUAUAAACACCUUAUUAUAAUAAACCUUUUCUCUUGAA